UAAAAGGGACAGGUAAGCCACGGGUGACGGUACAGGUACAGAGGAGACAACAUGGGCGUGACAACAUGGCUGGUUAUCGUGGCGUGUUUCUGUGUGAUACAAGAAAGUUUGGGAUCGGUUCAGGAACGUCGCAAGUCCCUGACGAUUGCCAAGAUGUUGCGAAGACUGGCGAAGAAACGAGAUAUGGCGAUCGGGACCAUGCAUACCUCGUACCCGACAAACUAUCCAAAUGUCAAUCCAACAUCGCCCAACCCGAUCGACUUCUACCAGCACUUGGUCGAAUGUCCCAUCCUGGAAAGCAUACUCGAACAGUAUUUCCGGGAUUUCCCCAAUGCGACGUUUCCAAAAGAUUCCAUGAACAUUUCCCCCGAUGAGAUGCGACCAGUGAUGACCAGGGUUGUGACUACGUUCGACUAUCUGAAGAACGUGCGCAUGGCUAUGGACCUGAUGAUUGAGGACACGGCCAGACUGAUCAUGGACAAGCGUGUAAACUGUACCACCACUAUGUACCAGAGAGUAUUCGUGUACUACAUGAGGCGACGACUUGACCAGAUGAUGUCGCCACGUGACACCUCCCUUAAAAGCCGUAUCGAAGUCAUACUGAGCCAAUACUUCUCUAACAACUCCACCAUCCUCGACUACGCCGGCCAACUACUUGGGGGAAUCCACUACGUCGUGCACGAGUCCUUUAUUCAUACCUUACAGGAAGAAGAGUUCAAAAGUCUUGGUCGAUUUUUACGGGAUUACAAAUGGGUUAGUUCAUCUUUCCUGGAGCGAUUCCAUCAAGGCAAAUUCGCCUCCAUCAAUGACGCGACGUCACAGAUGCUGAAUAAUUUCUUCAGCUUUGGUGCAAACUACCCAGACGCAUUCCGUUGUACAACGCCGCAAGAAUUCAUUCAUAUGCACAUGAGGGUUGCGAACUGGACAGCAAACAAUUACUGGCAGGCUUACAAAUCUGGACAAGCCGUUUCUUUCCUCACCGAUCGAUUCCAGGAGCUUUUUAACGUGCCCCACGCUCCAUCUCAUAUGAAGCUUGACCCCGUGCUUGUGGACGAGGUCGUUCAGAAAUUGGUGAAUGUCAUUCUUGGAUAUGUUAACGACACCGUGGUGGAGCUAGCUACGUAUGAAGGAUAUUUAGCAUCAGCAACUCUGUCCCCGCCCACCUUCAUGGCCAGCAGUCUCAGUGACGUACAAUGGAACACGACAGUGAUGCUGUUUAACCGGAUGUUCUCCAACAGUCCGCUCCCUCCCACGCAGAACCCCAGUGGAACGGCGUCUCCAGGUCCCGGAAUGAGCUUUGAAAAAAUUGCGAUGUACCUCCAGAAAGACGUCGAAAACCUAAACAGGAUCAAGUCCCUGAUGCCAACUACUUGGACCUGGGAUAAAGAAUACGCCAUGGUUCAGGAUGUACUGGAUAAUAUGAUUAACGAAAAGGAAAAAAUCCUCCGCAAAUUUAGAUAUUAAUAUACGGGAAGUAGGUGGCGCUGUCGAGUACCAAUAAUGAAUAGUGCUGUCUGGAUUUGUUUAAUUGGUGUUGGAAAACGUCGUUGAAAUGACAGAUUCGUUUUUUCUAGUUACAUUUAUGCAUGAUAAAUUUUUAAGAAAUGUCACGGAGUCUUAAUUGUUUCCGCCAUUUACAGGGUACGGAUAGCACAUCACCUUUUGAACAUGCCACCGUUUAAAAAAAGAUGUCUGCCUGUAUAUUGUAGAGGUUUAGUCACUAACAAGUAGCUAACUGGAAAUCUGUAUUUCACACCUUUGAUACUGAAUUGUGAAGGUUAUUAAGAAUUGGUGAUGCCAGAUUAUAGUUUGUUACAAAUUCGUUCAACUUAUACGAUACAAGUCGUACGGAUCACAUCAACUGGACUCGCGCAAGUAUUUUGUACCAUAAUGCUAAUAUUUGGCAUAAGGGUUCCCGAGGGCUCGAACCCGAGUUGAUGCAGGAUGUCGAGGAGAUGCUAUUGGAGUUCGAUUCUUCUCCUCUAUUGACUUAAACCUUGAGAUUUGGAAUAAAAACAAGUUUGCGCAGAAGUA